GGACGGAAAAUAGCGCCAAGCACCCAAAAAAGGCCAGUCGCUCGGGGUCCUCAGCUCCGUUUGGAAGGGAGUACCUCAGGGGUAGAGCGCGGUGGGGACGCAGCACGUUGGGAAUCUAGCACUGCAGCAACACCGCGGGGACAGCACCGGACCGAGCACCAAACCGGGUGAAGCCCAGAGUCCUCCAUCAUGUCGGAUGGAGACUAUGAUUACCUCAUCAAGUUUUUGGCCUUGGGAGACUCUGGAGUAGGAAAGACCAGUGUACUUUACCAGUACACUGAUGGGAAGUUCAACUCCAGAUUCAUCACCACAGUGGGCAUUGAUUUCAGGGAAAAGAGAGUGGUGUACAGAGCUAACGGGCCAGAUGGAGCUGUGGGCCGAGGCCAGAGGAUCCACCUGCAGUUAUGGGACACGGCAGGGCAGGAGAGGUUUCGCAGCUUGACCACUGCAUUCUUCAGGGACGCUAUGGGUUUCCUGCUUCUGUUCGACCUGACAAAUGAGCAAAGUUUCCUCAAUGUCCGAAACUGGAUAAGCCAGCUACAGAUGCAUGCCUACUGCGAAAACCCGGAUAUAGUGCUGUGUGGGAAUAAGAGUGACCUGGAAGACCAGAGGGCUGUGAAGGAGGAGGAAGCCAGAGAACUCGCCGACAAGUAUGGAAUCCCGUAUUUUGAAACCAGUGCUGCUAACGGGACGAACAUAAGCCAAGCGAUUGAGAUGCUCCUGGACCUGAUCAUGAAGCGGAUGGAGCGGUGUGUGGACAAGUCCUGGAUUCCAGAGGGAGUGGUACGGUCCAAUGGCCAUACCUCUGCAGACCAACUCAAUGAGGAGAAGGAGAAGGGUUUAUGUGGCUGCUGAGACACCCAGCGAGCAGCAAGGCAGAGGCAGCUGAGGUGGUGGCAGCAGCAGAAAUGCAUGCCCCCUGCCUGUCAGCUUUCCUGUAGAGACCAAGUUGGCAGGGGAGAUGAGCAAACAGCACAUCCUAUGCCAAGCACCCCUCCUCAUCUCCAGUAGGAUUGACUCAGUAUCCAUUUGUAACUCUUGCAGCUUUAUAUGAUUUAGUCCAUGAGUUGGGGGAACUAUUUCACAGAGCCAAAAGUGUCUUAUAAAAGCCCAUGGUGGCGGGUCAUUUCGGGAUCCAAGAUGUCAGCCAUGAAAGAUUUCAUCUGUUAUGUAGAAUGCUGAUGGUCCUGUCGCCUACCUCAACACAGACGGCCCUAGAGUCUCAUUGAAGACAUUAAGAUGUUUGAGCAAUGAAAAACUAGCAUGGUCUCAAGAAUCCAGAUUUCAUAAUCCAUCCUGUAGAAUUAAUCACUCUCAAACACGUGGAUCAAUGUUUUUGUGCAUUGCUUUUAACUUAACCUUCCCUUUGACAUGAACAUAAACAGGUGGCGGCCAUAUCUAUAGACUCUGAAUAGAACGGAUUGACUCACUGUGAGUUUGGUGGUGGUGGGAAGGGUGUUUAGAGUUGGGGUGGGUGAAGUAGGGAUCAAGUUUAGUUAGACUGUCUGGCUCUUACCCUAGGGGUCUUGGAGACCCUUGUGUUUAUCUGUGGUGUGUUGGUUAAGUCCUCAUCUGAACAUUGUUCAUGCUUCUGCUGCAUGUAUGUAUGUUGUAUGUAUGUAUGGUCUCUUCAUAUGUAUGUAUGUUGGGUCUGGCACCUCAGGCCCUGAUUUCACUGCUCUGUAGACUGCUAAUCUGACUUUCUCAUCCAGCUUUGGUGGUGGUGGUGUUUCUCAGUUUGUUUUCUCCCCCAUUAAUGUAACUGAAGAUAUCUAUUUCUUUUGUAAUUAAACAGCAUGUUUAUUUGCUAUCUGGAGAGAGAUCAGUUUCUGAAUUUAAGUAGUCACAUUUGUAUGCCAGUAUAAGAGAAGUGUUCUGUACUUAGCUUUCACUGGGAAUGUGGGCACUGAUUUUUUUUAAUAGUAUAAAGGAAAACAUGUACUUUGCAUGGUAGGUUCUUUCUCCCUUUCUUUCUUCCUUCCUUCCUUUCUUUCUUUCUUUCUUUCUUUCUUUCUUUCUUUUUUUUUUUUUUUUGAGACAGGGUCUUAUUAUAUAGUUUCUGGCUGGCCUGAAACUCCCUUUGUAGACUAGGCUGCCCUGAAACUCACAGAGAUCCACCUGUUUCAGCCCCCUAAGUACUGGGAUUAAAGUGUGGUCAUCACAUCUCAGAAGACUUUUAAAAAUUGAAAGUCUAUCACUUAUUGCCAUUGUCCUUUGACCCCUCCCCAGAAAAAAUAGCCAUGGCUACUAAACUUUUUCUGUUCUUGAAAUGAGGGACUUGGGCUGGUGAGAUGGCUCAGUGGUUAAGAGCACUGACUGCUCUCCCAGAGGUCCUGAGUUCAAUUCCCAGCAACCACAUGGUGUCUCACAACCAUCAAUAAUGAGAUCUGAUGUCCUCUUCUGGGGUGUCUGAAGACAGCUACAGUGUAUUCAUAUAAAUAAAAUAAAGAAAUAAAUCUUUUUAUUUUUCAAAACAAAACAAAACAAAACAAGGGACUCUUUGAAACACCAAAGUUGUCACUGAGGCCUAUACAUCUGAAUCCUAUAUACCUAAACCAUGGGGCCCAUCACAGCCGUGCCUUCCAGUGUUGCUCUAGACUUCAGUGGAGUGUAUCACAUGACAGGGCACAUUUCUUAAUGUCUCUUUUGUAAAUACAAACAAGUUAAUAUGUCUGGUGUCAGUGGUGCAGUCCUUUAAUCUCCCGCGCUUGGGAGGCAGAGGCAGGCAUUGAGUUUGAAGCCAGGCUGAUCUGUAGAGUGAGUUUCAGGACAGCCAGAGCUACAUAGUGAAAUCCUGUUUCAAAAACCAAACAAAAGUUAAUGUUUGCAUAGUUCGGGGUUCAAGUAGUAGAUUCACAAUCAGAUUCCACUUCUGUUGGCUCCACACCAGGCACAGGGCUGAAUGUGUGUGAUAGUUGCCCAACA